AUGGGCAGGAUGAUGAGAGGUAACUACAACCGUUCUUCUUCUGGCCCUUCAAACUGCGUCAGGAGAACAAGUUCUGCUUCUUCGAACUUCAAGGCAUCUAGACAAAAGGUUGCUCCACCAAGAAAAAGAGACGUUCUCUCCGCUCCCAUGCAAGAUAUUCACAGGAUCGACACUCAAACACUUAGAAAAAAGCUCCAGGACACAGAAACACCAGGGUCAAUAAAGCGCGAGAUUAAACGCGAAAUAGAAACUAGACAACAUGAUCAAGAUGAUGCUGCGACUGCUGUGAUUGUGGAAAACACACCUCAAGUAGCAGCUCAACCUGCAAAAGCCUCUCCUUGGUUAAUUGACAAGUUGUAUGACAAACGUGGACCGGUGCGAGCCAAGGCGUUGGCCGGAGUAAUUGCACUGCUAAACCAAGAGUUGGAUCAUGAAGACUUGAAAAAGAAUUAUGUUGUAGAGCUUCUCUACCGAUGCUUGUGCGGUGUAAAGAAGGGUUCCACCAAAGAGGUUCAGUAUUCAUUGAAAGUUAUCGGCUUGCUCUCAAUCAUCGUCGAUUGUCAAGACAAGAUGUCUGAAAUUUACAGGGAGUUUCUUGCUGUAUCUUCCACCAGUGCUUGUCUAAAGAAGGCUGGAACCAACACAACAAAGAUGUUGGAAUGUUUGGGAGUUGUUACCUUUUUCGGUGGAAUUAAUGCAGAGGAGACUCAAGCUGGAAUGAAGGUUAUUUGGGACUUCAUGAUGAAUUUCAAAUCGGAAUCCGGUAGUGAUGAUGUAAAUAACCGAAAGAAGCAUUCUUCGGAGAUCCUAGUUGCUGCAAUAUAUUCUUGGCUGUUUCUUCUUACUAGCAUGGAAAAAGGGGGAUUGAACUAUUGGACAGGGGCAAUUUCCUUCUUCAUGAACCUGUUGGACAACAAUGAUGACAUAGUUCAUGCGGCAGCAUGUGAAGCACUAGCAUUGAUUUUCGAGAUUGAUAGCCUUGACAAAUUCUGGAAUGGAGCAAAUGAUUCAAGCUUGCCAUAUUCGCAGUUGAGAAAAACACUCAGGGAGAUGAUUUUGAAGAAAUUGAGCAGUCUAAACAUGAACUCACAUGUUGUGAAGUAUUUCAAGACUCUUCAUUUCCCGGGAAAACGUAUACCUCUUUGUGAAAAAGAACUGGUAUUACCGUCAUGGUAUCGGCUGAUUCAAUUCAAUUAUUUGAGGAGUCUGCUAGGGAAUGAGUUUGAAAACUACAUGGCCAAGGAAAACAAACUCCAGAACUUUUUUGAGUUCGACCCUUAUAGAAACAACAAUGUGGGUGAAGAACAACUAUAUGAGUCUACGAUCGUAAAGAAUCAAAAGAACACGGCAAAAAAUUCCAUGCCAGAAGGAAGAGAUCCACAAACACUGACAGCAAAACAAAGGAAGGAAGAGAAAGUUCGGAGAACUUCUUUGCGGAACAAAGAACAGACAAAACUAAGGAACAAAGACAGGGAAAUGUCGGAGGAAUUGAAGUGGUUGGAUGGAGACAAAAUUAAUUUUUCUCUUUUGUUCACCGAAAUUUAG